UUUUAUUGCACUAUUUCACAUGAUAAAAUACCAAAAAAAUGAGUUCUCUUUUAUAAAUCUUUUUUUGUCAUAUGAUUUUCACAUGACAAGUAAUUCAAGAGCUUUAUUAUUUUUUGAACAAGAAACUAACGACAAUGAUCAAAAUUACUCGUAUAAAUCCAUAAGAUACUGGAAUAUUCUUUAUUUUUACUUUUCGAAUUUUACUUAUUUCUAGAUUUGGUAAAUGAUUUGAACUGUUUUGCCGAUGCUUCAAAACUUGGUCAGAAAUUUUUAAAAUUUUGUGUUGCUUUAAUUGAUUCCUUGAACCACUUUACCUAUCGUAAAUUGAAUUUCACCUAUUUAAAGCAUAAUAACCUAACCUAAUAGGGAAUUAUAGUACCAAUCUGAAUUUGAG